CUUCCUCAUUCCUUUUCUCGCUUAGUCAUGUUGUCUCAGAACUCUAAUUUAACCUUAUUUCCCCGUGAUCACAGUUUAAUUGCGUUCUUGAACCAUACACCAACUACGAACCAUCAGGUCGAAGUAAUAAAACAAUUAAAAUGAGCCUUGUAAGCCGAUUUUCUGAGCUUAAUCUACAAGGUGGAAAUGAUCCAAAGUCUGGAUCUACUCCUGGCACGCCGAAUGUUUCUGAGAAGCCGAGUGCCUGGUCGUCGUUACGGUCUCCUAUGGCAGCAAAUCAGUCGAAAAUUAAAACCCUAGACAUAAAUCAUCCUUCAAAAGGCCACAUAAUAACGUCAAUGGAACAAGCGAAACCUGCCGCGAAUGCUGAAGAAGAAUCGCAUAAAAACAAGCUCUUGGGCACGAUUACCGGUGAAAAACUGGCGGCUAUGGAAUUCGGACGGAAAAACGAGGAUGGUUCCGAUGUAACUGCUGCUGCCAGUGGAAAAUCAAGCGGUUCUAGCAAGGGAAAUGGAACUCUGUAUACUCCACCGUACAACCUGGAAGCAUUACUACCCUUAAUCAGAAUGGAGGAUGGUGACUUGUCUAUGCUGUCACUGGGUUGUGAUCUGGCAACAUUGGGCUUGGAUUUGACAACGCAGACCCCUGACCAACUCAUCUCUUUACGACUUUCUUCUCCAUGGUCGGAAUUGAGUAAUAAGAAACCACUUAAUGAACCCAUGUUUAAACUCCCGUCCUGUUACAAGCAAGUGAAUCCUCCUCCGGCCCUUUCCAAAAUAUACCAAUUUUCUGAUGAAACCCUUUUUUACAUAUUUUAUACGAUGCCCCGUGAUAUGCUUCAAGAAGCUGCUGCUCAAGAAUUAACAAACCGCAAUUGGCGUUUUCACAAGGAACUGCGAGUUUGGCUGACACCAGUACCGGGCAUGGAAGUGCUGCAGCGGACUCCUCAGUUUGAACGCGGUUUCUAUCUAUUUUUUGAUCCCGUUCACUGGAAACGUAUAAAGAAGGAUUUUUUGUUAAUGUACUCAGCCUUGGAAGACCGCACUCCCAAUAACGUUUCCCGGUAGGAAUCUUAGUUUAUGGGGGGUACAAAGUGUACUGGUCGAAUUAUGACUUAGCUCUGCAUCAAUUAUAUUGCUUGCCGUGGCACUGUUUGGAGUCGAAUUCAUGGUCUUCUAUCUACCGCUAGCUGUUCGUGCUGGGAACGCAUGGCAUUGUUACGAAUAAUCUACUCGUCAGAUGUUUUAAAAUCAUUCUUUCUUCUACGUUAGACAAUGACAGUCUUCUAAAUAAAAGACUACAGCAACAAGGGCCGUAUGCACGAAAAAACAUAAAUCAUCAGUGUUAGUGGAUAACACAUAUGCUUUGUAAACAGAUUACCUUCACUAUUCCCUUUAAUUAUUAUUUUUUUUCAUCGGUUUUAUCCGCUUUGUCCGUCUUGUCCGUUUUGUCUGUUUUGUUUUUAG